AUGUCUUCCUCUCUCGAACAGCUCAAGGCCACCGGCACUGUCGUGGUCUGCGACUCUGGUGACUUUGCCACCAUCGGCAAGUACAAGCCCCAGGAUGCCACCACCAACCCGUCCCUGAUCCUGGCUGCCUCCAAGAAGCCCGAGUACGCUGCCCUCAUCGAUGCUGCUGUCGCCCAAGGCAAGAAGGUCGGCAAGACCCUCGACGAGCAGGUCGAGGCCACCAUGGACCACCUCCUGGUCGAAUUCGGCAAGGAGAUCCUGAAGAUCAUUCCCGGCAAGGUCUCGACUGAGGUCGAUGCCAAGCUGUCCUUCGACACUGAGGCCUCCGUCAACAAGGCCCUUGAGAUCAUCAAGCUGUACAAGGAGAACGGUAUUUCCAAGGACCGUGUCCUGAUCAAGAUCGCCUCCACCUACGAGGGUAUCAAGGCCGCCCACAUCCUGCAGUCCCAACACGGCAUCAACUGCAACCUGACCCUCAUGUUCUCCCUCGUCCAGGCCAUCGCUGCCGCUGAGGCCGGUGCCUUCCUUAUUUCCCCCUUCGUUGGCCGCAUUCUUGACUGGUUCAAGGCUGCCCACAAGCGCGAAUACACUCCCCAGGAGGACCCCGGUGUCAAGUCCGUCCAGUCCAUCUUCAACUACUACAAGAAGCACGGCUACAACACCAUUGUCAUGGGUGCCUCGUUCCGCAAUGUUGGUGAGAUCACCGAGCUUGCCGGCUGUGACUACCUGACCAUCUCCCCCAACCUGUUGGAGGACCUGUACAACUCCACCGAUGCUGUGCCCAAGAAGCUGGAUUCCUCCAGCGCUACCAACUUGGACAUUCCCAAGCGCGAGUACCUCCACAACGAGGCCGAGUUCCGCUUCGACUUCAACGAGGAGGCUAUGGCUGUUGAGAAGCUCCGUGAGGGUAUUUCCAAGUUCGCCGCUGAUGCUGUCACUCUCAAGGAUCUCCUGAAGGCCAAGAUCCAGGCUUAG